AUGGGAGCAAUGAGAUCGUUUUCUAUUAUCGUGAGUAUCCUGUUCGUGACAUGGCGCCCAAUCAGCGUCUCCACUCGUCCUUCAGCGUCCCCUCACAGCUUCCGUGUUGCCAUCGCAAACCCGCAUUCACUGUCUACUACAUCAGAGACCCUUCAUCCUUCUCAUCCUCCUCCUCCAUCUCUUAUCCCCCCCCGUCCUCCUUCCCGCACAGCCGGGUCACUGAGACUGAGAGGAGGCGACGCUAGCGACGAGAGCCACCUCUACACCUACAGGGCCCUCGAGGUCCUGGAACGUGCCCAGUCGAAGGCGAAGGUGUACAAGAACCCGGAGCUGACCCCCGUGCACAUCGUUGUGGUGAUGCUGGAGGACAAGAAGGGGAUCGGGCGGGAGAUCCUGGCGAGCGCUACGAACGAGGAGCGGAAGAACGACGUGCUGGAGCUGGUGACAAAGAGUCUAGAGCGAUGGCUCGCCAACCAUCGGACUGAUCGGGCAGCGGCUGGGGAGGAGCUGAACAUCAGCCCGAGGCUGCAGAACCUGCUGUACAAGGCGGUCAACGACAUGAAGGGAGAGAAAGUAGACGUUUUCGAGCUGUUCCUCUUGUCAGUCGAGAUGGACGACGUGCUGUCGGGGGCGGCGAGGAGGCUCAAGGCUGUCAAGAGCGAGCAGAGCUUCACUGAGCUAGAGAAGUACUCAAAGGACUUGAUCGCCGAGGCCCGUGCAGGGAAGUUGGACCCUGUGAUCGGAAGGGAGGACGAGAUCCGAAGGCUGGUCCAGAUCCUCUGCAGGCGGACCAAGAACAACCCAGUGCUAGUGGGUGAGCCAGGAGUAGGGAAGACGGCGAUCGUGGAGGGGCUGGCGCAGCGGAUUCUUGACGGGGAUGUAGCGAGCACGCUGAGGGAGUGCAAGCUGUUCACGCUCGACUUCGGGUCGCUGGUGGCCAACACGGCGUUCCGAGGGAACUUCGAGCAGAGGAUGCGCGACAUCCUGGAGGAGAUCGAGAAGUCGGAAGGUAAGGUGAUCCUCUUCAUCGACGAGCUUCACCUGCUCAUCGGCGCGGGGAACGAGAAAGGGGAGAUGGACGCGGCGAACCUGCUGAAGCCAGCGCUUGCUCGGGGCCAGAUCCGGUGCAUCGGGGCCACCACCUACGACGAGUACAGGAAGUACAUCGAGAGCGACGGGGCGCUGGAGCGGAGGUUUCAGAUGAUCCACGUGGGAGAGCCGAGCGUGCAGGACGCGAUUUCCAUCCUGAGGGGGGUCAAGGAGAAGUUCGAGGCCCACCAUGGCGUGCGGAUCUCGGACGCGGCGCUGGUGCAGGCGUGUGAGCUGAGCUCGCGGUACAUCACCAUGCGCUUCCUCCCCGACAAGGCCAUUGACCUGGUGGACGAGGCCUGCUCUUCCAUCCGCGUCCAGCUGGACUCGAAGCCGGAGGAGAUCGACAGGCUCGAGAGGCGUCGGCUGCAGCUGGACGUAGAGCUGAGGGUUCUCAGGAAGGACCUCAACGACCCCUCGUCCGCCCUCCGCGCGGCUGAGAUCCAGGCGCAGGUCGACAGGAUCAACAUGGAGCUGGGGCCUCUGCAGGCAGCGUACAAGGAGGAGAGGUUCAGGAGGAGGAGGCUGCACGACCUACGCCAGCAGAUCGAACAGACGAAGCUGAGCAUCUCGGAGCUGGAGCGGCGCUACCUCCUCGACCGAGUCGCCGAGCUCAAGUACGACGUGCUCCCUGCCCUGCAGCAGGAGCUUCAGAACCUGACGGCCUCGAGCGCGGGCUCCCUCCCGAUCUUCUCCGGUGAGGUGGUGGGUCCGGACGAGGUUCGUUCCAUCGUGUCUCGCUGGACGGGCAUCCCUGUUGCCCGGCUGGGGAAGACGGAGAGGAGCCGGUUGCUGGAGCUCAAGUCAGAGAUCCGAAAGCGAGUGGUCGGGCAGGAGGAAGCGGUUGACGCGGUGAGCACGGCGAUCCUCCGGUCGAGGGUUGGGAUCUCUCCUGUGAGACUCCCGUCCUGCUCUGCUCUCUUCCUAGGGCCCACGGGCGUCGGCAAGACUGAAUUGAGGAAAGUUCUGGACGACGGGAGGCUGACGGACGGCAAGGGCAAGGUUGUCGACUUUGCAAACACCAUCAUCAUCAUGACCUCCAACAUUGGAUCUCAACAUCUCGCGGAAGAAGGAUCGGUGGACGAGAAAUGCCGGCAGCUAGUCAUGCGAGAGUUGAAGUCCUUUCUCCGCCCGGAGUUUCUCAACAGAAUCGACGACGUCGUGAUCUUCAAACGGCUGGGCAUCUCACAGCUCCGGGAGGUGGCAAGGAAGCUGGUGCGUGAGAUGGCUGAGCCGCUAAAGGAGGAGCACAAGCUCGAGCUCUCCUGCUCAGACGCGGCGCUGGACCUCAUCGUCUCCCAGGCCUACGACCCGGCGUAUGGCGCACGGCCGAUCCGAAGGUAUCUCUACAAGAUCGUGGGGACGCAGCUCGCGUACCACAUGGUGGAGCAGAAGGAGCUGCAUGGAUCGACGGUGACGAUCGACGAAGAGGGGGGUCAGCUCAAGAUUCACUUCGAGAAGCCCGAGGACGAACAGAUGUCAGCGGCUGACGACGGGGGAGCUUAA